UAUAUAAUAAUAUAUAUAUAAAUAUAAAUUAUAAUAUAUUAUUUAUAUAAUUUUGGUUUAUCCGAUUUUCUUUUUUUUGAAAAUCCGAAAACCAAACCGUUUAAUCGAAUUUCUAAAAUUUGAAAUCGAAACCAAUCCGAAAAAUUGAAAAACCGAACCAAAAUUAAAUUUCGAUUCUGUUUUUUCGGUUUGAACCAAAAUAUGCCCAACCCUCACUAUUUGUAUGGGAAGUUCCUAUCAGAGUAUUUAUCUUAAAGAGUGGUUCAGUAUAAGUGGCAGUAGCUUCAGGUGAAGAGAAAACAUAGUGGAACUACUUUGUUAAUUGAUCUAUGUAAACAAAAUAGUUAUUUUGGUUGUAAUAUCAAUUGCAUACCAAAUGAGUGAAUUUCCUAGCUCAAAGAAGAUUUCACCUUUCUUCCUACUUCAUAGCCCUAGAGUAAAUUCUCUUCCUGAUCUUCUACUUACUUUUGCUUUCAUGCUGCUGGAUUCGUCGCCUUUAAAGUGGCUUAUAAUAUGGAUAUCCAUAUUUUAUCCAUUUUUUACAGCAGGUUCUAUGGAUAUGAACCAUAUCUGACCCAGUUUAAAUGAAUUAGUAUCCAAUGCGUUUUAAAUUGGGUGGGGGCCAACAUUUUUAAAUCCAUUUUGCCAGCACUAGUCUUGAGUAAAUGCAAUCUUUUCGAGACAUCCAUGUUAGAUACGUUUAAAUUUUAAAUCAUGCAUAAUUAGUUUAUAAAUCAUCCAUUUUAUUAAAACAAGUCGAGGUUGAGCACACUCGCUUUGUCUUCGACACAAGCAGAUUCAAUUCUACUUGAUAAAUUUUGUGGAAGUUAGUUUCCUGAUUGGCGGUGAUAAUUUACCAUUUAUUUUAGCUGAAAAACAUGUGCUGGUUCGUUCUUGACAAGGUUUGCAAAUUUAUAGGGCAUCAUUGAUAUAGAGAAUGACUCCAAGCUUGAGUGAAGCAACUGCUUCAUGUAGAAGCUUAUUACUAAUUGCCUAGGUUCAUUGUAAAAAGAAAAAAAACACUUCCACACCCUGGAUUUACGUGUUACUAUAUUCAUUGGAGAACAUCAUUCACCCAUUAGAGAACAUUAAUCAUUCAUAAAUACCUCUAACAUAGUUUUUCUUAGUCAUAUAAGUACACACUGUAAAAGGAAUAUUUUAUGUGGCACUAAAGGGAUGAUUUUUAUCUCGCUUCUGGCAUAGCAAACCCUAGUGGCAGGUCUUCAUGACAUGCCGCUAGCUCUAUGAUAGAGUGCUAGACGCGCCCCCUUGAUAAUUGUGUUGUUGUGCCUAGGUUAUGAAUGUUCGCUGCCACAGAGAUUGUUCAAUAUGCUUACUGGUGCCUGUUGUAAGGGGAUGUUCAAAAGGAAGUAUCCAACUCGAUCAGAAAUUUUGGGUUAAGGCACAGCUCUUUGUGCUUGGGACUUCAAUUUCUGUAGAAGCAUAUUGCUGUUACGUCAUUACAAAGCUUCCAAAACAUGAUUAUUAUUAUUAUCAAUAUCAAUCCUUAAAAUGAAUUCCGUGUUCAUGGAGAGAGUUUUUGAUUAGGCACUUACGGUUUCCUGAUCUCUAGCAAAUAUAGCUUAUAAAUACAUCCGCUCUUCUGAUUAGUAUGAAGUUGUGGAUACAAUUCAAAGAACUGGUAUAUCAUAUCAUCAUAGCGUCUUUGCAGAGCUCUUAGUAACAUUGAUUUUCUUCAUACACAAUGGGGAAUCAAGAGUCUGGCUUAAAUGACACUCACAGUGAUAAUUAUCACCCCAGCCCAGAACAUGUAAGAAAUCAAAUUGGCUCCAAUCCUCAAUAUCAGCCUACAACUUAUGCAGAAAGCUCCGUGGAUUCUAACUAUCGAGCUCAAGUUACAUCAUAUGCCGGAGUUUCAGAUAGAGCAAACUAUCUAAGGAACCAGCAAGCCUCUUACAUAGCUGAUAACUUUAAAUCUUUGGAUGAGGUUGUUACUGCAUUGCGAGAAGCAGGGCUUGAAUCGUCAAACUUGAUUCUUGGCAUUGAUUUCACCAAAAGCAAUGAAUGGACAGGAAGGUCUUCAUUCAACAGGAGAAGCCUCCACUCGGUUGGUCACACAGCUAACCCAUACGAGCAAGCCAUCUCUAUAAUCGGGCGAACUUUGUCUCCUUUUGAUGAAGACAACUUGAUACCUUGUUUUGGAUUUGGUGAUGCAUCCACACACGAUCAGCAUGUGUUUAGCUUUUACCCUGAUCAUCGCCCUUGCCAUGGAUUUGAGGAAGCUCUCGCAAGAUAUAAGGAAAUUGUUCCUUAUCUGAAAUUAUCAGGUCCAACUUCAUUUGCCCCAAUAGUCAAUGCUGCAAUUGAUAUAGUGGAGGCAAAUAAUGGACAGUACCAUGUCCUUGUCAUUAUUGCAGAUGGACAGGUAACAAGGAGCAUUGACACUCCGUCUGAAAGACUUAGCCCUCAAGAACAGACUACUGUAAAUUCUAUUGUUGCUGCUAGUGAAUAUCCUCUUUCAAUUAUUCUGGUUGGUGUUGGAGAUGGACCAUGGGAUGAAAUGAAACGAUUUGAUGAUAACAUUCCUCAACGGGCAUUUGAUAACUUCCAGUUCGUUAAUUUUACAAAAAUCAUGUCCGAGCAUUCAGAGAUGGGCAAGAAGGAAACAACCUUUGCUCUUGCCGCACUAAUGGAAAUUCCAUUUCAGUACCGAGCCACACAACGCCUUCAAUUCAGAGAAAGCAAAAGAGGUCCUCGGACUAGGCCAUUUCGUCCUCCUCAAGAAGUAAUUGAUCAUGAUAGUGCUGUCAAAUCAUUGCCACAUCUGACAAGCCAUGAACCUGUUGACUCUGGAGCUGCAGAACAAGUUUGUCCCAUUUGCUUGACAAACCCAAAGGACAUGGCUUUUGGAUGUGGUCAUCUGACAUGCAAGGAGUGUGGUGUCACGAUAACCUCAUGCCCUUUAUGCCGAGAGCCCAUUAAAACUCGCAUAAGACUGUAUGGCUAGAUGUCAGAACCAUCUCCUGAACUACCUAAGCUCUACACUUUCUCCAGGAUGUCAACUAAGGAUAUUCAUUUCCGAGGUGUAAACUUCCCUGUUCCUUGAAGAAGAGCCACUCAGGUGGUUGUCAUAUGAUAACUGAUGUGAUAUAUAAAAACUGUAAAUGAGCAGUAACCUAUGUAUAGCUUACAUGGAGUUCUUCACCUGUCCUGUUUUUUGUUUAUGAUGGAGUUCUUGUUGAUACUUCA